AUGAUUCUGGCCUCUGCAGCUCUCUGCUUUUCCAUCCUCACAACCUUUGUCCUUGGAGUAUUUGUGAUGCACAGAGAUACCCCCAUAGUUAAAGCCAAUAAUCAUAGUCUUAGCUACAUUCUGCUCACUUCUCUCACCCUUUGCUUCCUUUCUUCCUUACUCUUCAUUGGUCAUCCUACACCAGCCAUCUGCAUCUUAAGACAAACCACAUUUGCCAUUGUGUUCACAGUGGCUAUUGCUUCCAUCUUGGCCAAAACCAUCACUGUGGUUCUGGCCUUUAGAGCCACUAAGCCAGGUAGCAAGCUCAGGAGGUGGUUGGGAGCAUCAAUAUCUUAUUUCCUCACUUUAAUUUGUACCCUUAUCCAGAUGUGCAUCUGUGGUAUCUGGCUGGGGACAUAUCCCCCAUUCCUUGAAAUGGAUACAUACUCUGAGGCUUCCAUCAUUGUCAUUCAGUGUAAUGAGGGCUCACUUGUUUCCUUCUACUGUGUCCUUGGCUACAUGGGCUUCCUGGCCUUGGUUAGCUUUACAUUGGCUUUCCUGGCCAGGAAUCUACCAGAUACUUUCAAUGAAGCCAAGCACCUGACAUUCAGCGUGCUGCUCCACAAGUUCCUAAAGUGUGUAAAUCCUGUCAAUGGGAUCAAAAAUGAGUUAUGUGGGGAUGGAACCUUGAUGACUGCUGAGACAUAUGAUAUCCUGAAUUUUCAAUCAUUACCUGGUUAUUAUUGGACUCAGGUGAAAGUUGGAGAAUUGACUCCUCAUAAAAAAGAGUUAAGCAUUAAUGAAGAAGACAUAGAUUGGCCAGAAGAUUUCUCUCAGAUUCCAAGUUCUACAUGCAGUAUGACCUGUGGCCCUGGCUUCAGGAAGCAAUCUCUUGAAGGUCAGCCCAUCUGCUGCUUUGACUGUACCCUAUGUCCUGAUGGGAAGAUUUCCAAUAAAACAAAUACAGAACAAUGUAUACAAUGCUCUGAAGAUGAGUACCCAAGUGAGGAGAAAGAUAGAUGCCUGCCCAAGACAGUGACUUUCCUGGCUUAUGAAGAGACUCUGGGAAUGAUUCUGGCCUCUACAGCUUUCUGCUUCUCCAUCCUCACAACCUUUGUCUUUGGAGUGUUUGUGAUACACAGAGACACCCCCAUAGUGAAAGCCAAUAAUCGCAGUCUUAGCUACAUUCUACUCACUUCUCUCACCCUUUGUUUCCUUUCUUCCUUACUCUUCAUUGGUCAUCCUACACCAGCCAUCUGCCUCUUAAGACAAACCACAUUUGCCAUUGUGUUCACAGUUGCUAUUGCUUCCAUCUUGGCCAAAACCAUCACUGUGGUUCUGGCCUUUAGGGCCACUAAGCCAGGUAGCAAGCUCAGGAGGUGGUUGGGAGCAUCAGUAUCUUAUUUCCUCAUUUUCAUUUGUACCCUUAUCCAGAUGUGCCUCUGUGGCAUCUGGCUGGGAACAUAUCCCCCAUUCCUUGAGAUGGAUCCACACUCUGAGGUUUCCAUCAUUGUCAUUCAGUGUAAUGAGGGUUCCCUUGUUUCCUUCUACUGUGUUCUUGGCUACAUGGGCUUCCUGGCCUUGGUCAGCUUUACACUGGCUUUCCUGGCCAGGAAUCUGCCAGAUACUUUCAAUGAAGCCAAGUACCUGACAUUCAGCAUGCUGGUGUUUUGCAGUGUCUGGAUCUCCUUCUUGCCCACAUAUCAGAGCACCAAAGGGAAGGCCAUGGUGGCCAUGGAGAUCUUUUCCAUCUUGGUCUCCAGUGCUGGGAUUCUCACCUGUAUCUUUGUUCCCAAAUGCUAUGUGAUCCUUCUGAGGACAGACAGAAAUACCCUGGAGAUAUGGAAAAACAAAGCCAAUACCUGA